CACCUGUAAUGUACAGGUACCUGUCCUGUGAUGGGUUCUGAAAGCUGGCUACAUCUGUGUUACCAGGAGCUGAAGCUGCUGGGUGAGGUGAGAUCACUGCCACAGGCUUAGCAGCUCUUUGAGCUGUGCAAAGCAGUUUCUCCAUCACAUGUAACCCAGGUUUUCAUGUGGGAGCCACCUCAAGUCCCUUGCACUUGGAAAGGAGCUGGGACUCCCUGUAGGUGAAAAGAAAUCUAUGUGAGACUGUAGAAAACAAUCAGUUAAUGAAAUGGUUGUAGAAAGUAUUUCGGUUUAACCUCAGGCCUCCUUUGCCCUCAAUCUGUGAUGAUUCAAACAAAUAGCAAAAUUCUGAACACACGUGAAUUUAUUCAACUUUAUCUUUAAUCCCAUAAGCAUGGGACAGAGUCUGGGCCCUGAGUCACUGCCACUGGUUUCAAGUAGUGCCAGUGCCACAUUUGCUGCCACCUUACACCAGCAGGGAGAGUAAGCAUGAUUUCAGUUCCAAUCCUAUGUAAUUCUGGUGUAGCUUCAUAUGAGAACUCAUUGAAUACUCUGCUUAGUUCAGCAAGUGUGUGCUGGUAAUCCCAGUGCAAUGAAGGCUCCAUGGUUGCCACAGCAGGUGCCAUUAUUACACAACUGCAAUUUAGACGAGAUUGAAUUAGUAGUUUCUUCUAAACCUGCAUGUUCAGUUUGCUCUGCUCCAGAUUUGGACACAAAAUGUUCUUUCGCAGGUUCCAUUUUCCCAGCAUGACUCACCCAGUGGCAUUUCUUUGUGAUAGUGUUUGUCCUGUGCUUCACCAAGGACCUGUCUGCUCAGCUGCAGGAUGUAAAAGCUCAAGGUUGAGGAGCAGUUAAGUUUCAGCUUGGGAGCAGAACCUCAUAAAGCCUGGGUGUGGAUUGCCCUGCAAAGCCAGCCUGACUGCAUUGCUGCAGCCCUUGGAGCUCAGGAAUUUGGGGCUCUUUGAAAUGGCCACACCUUUUGUUUGCUCAAAGGGCAGGUUUGUUUUACAGGGUGUCUCCAUAGUAGCAAAGACUGAGAAAGAAAGUCAGGGAGGGGCUGCUGGGGUGAGUGGGUUGAGGAGCUGGUAGUGCACCUUAUUGCACAACCUCAUGCUGGGCUGUGUGAGCAACUGCUCUCAUGUAGUGCCUGAGCUUCCAGUGUCUGCACUCACAGCCCCACCUGUGUACACUAGAAAUGGUACCAGCUAUUGUGGCAGUACACCUGCGGGGAGCUGACGAGCUUUUCCCUACUUGUGUUACUAACGGACCCUUUAUCAUGAACGACAACAAUUCUUCUGCAGCUAAUGGAAACGACAUCAAAAAAUUCAAAGGUGAUAGAAGUGCUGGAGUCCCAUCCCGAGUAAUCCAUGUCCGUAAGCUCCCCAGUGAUGUCACGGAGGCAGAGGUCAUCUCCUUGGGCUUACCUUUUGGCAAGGUCACCAAUCUUCUCAUGUUGAAAGGCAAAAAUCAGGCUUUCAUAGAAAUGAACACGGAGGAGGCAGCCAACACCAUGGUGAACUACUACACCACUGUCACUCCAGUCCUCCGGAGCCAGCCCGUCUACAUUCAGUUCUCUAACCACAAGGAGCUGAAGACAGACAACUCUUCAAACCAAGCUCGUGCUCAGGCAGCUCUGCAAGCCGUGAACUUGGCGCCGCCGGGGAGCCUGGCCCUGCCGGCCGCUGCCGCAGCCGUGGAUGCAGGAAUGGCCAUGGCUGGCCAGAGCCCUGUCCUGAGGAUCAUUGUGGAGAAUCUCUUCUAUCCUGUCGCUCUGGAUGUUCUGCAUCAGAUUUUCUCCAAGUUUGGUACAGUCUUGAAAAUCAUCACAUUCACAAAGAACCACCAGUUCCAGGCCCUGCUGCAAUAUGCUGACCCAGUGAGCGCUCAGCAUGCCAAACUGUCUUUAGAUGGACAGAACAUCUACAAUGCCUGUUGCACGCUCCGCAUAGAUUUCUCAAAGCUCACAAGUCUCAAUGUGAAAUACAAUAAUGAUAAGAGCAGAGAUUACACACGACCGGACCUACCUUCUGGGGACAGCCAGCCCCCUCUUGAUCAGACCAUGGCAGCUGCUUUUGGUGCCCCAGGAAUAAUCUCUCCUUCUCCAUAUGCAGGAACUGGCUUUCCUCCUGCCUUUGCAAUUCCUCAGGCUGCAGGUACUGUAUUUCGCCUGACAGUUCCAAGUGUUCAUGGAGCACUAGCUCCUUUGGCUAUCCCAGCAGCUGCAGCGGCUGCAGCAGGACGGAUUGCCAUUCCCGGCCUCACUGGGGCAGGGAACUGUGUGCUGCUGGUUAGCAGUCUGAAUCCUGAGAGAGUUACACCCCAAUGCCUCUUUAUUCUUUUCGGAGUCUAUGGUGAUGUGCAGAGGGUGAAGAUUUUAUUUAAGAAGAAAGAGAAUGCCCUCGUUCAGAUGACUGAUGGAAACCAGGCCCAGCUUGCCAUGAGCCAUUUAAAUGGGCAGAAGCUCCACGGGAAGCCCAUCCGUAUCACCCUGUCCAAGCACCAGACAGUCCAGCUCCCCCGUGAGGGGCAGGAAACCCACGGCCUGACAAAGGACUAUGGGAAUUCUCCUCUACAUCGUUUCAAGAAACCAGGCUCCAAAAAUUUCCAGAACAUCUUUCCUCCUUCUGCCACUCUUCAUCUGUCCAACAUUCCACCUUCAGUAACUGAAGAAGACCUUAAGAUGUUGUUUUCAAGCAACAGUGGGGUGGUCAAAGGAUUCAAAUUCUUCCAGAAGGACCGUAAGAUGGCUCUGAUCCAGAUGGGCUCUGUGGAAGAGGCCAUCCAGUCCCUCAUUGACCUCCAUAACCAUGACCUGGGUGAGAACCAUCACCUGCGUGUGUCCUUCUCGAAGUCCACCAUCUAAAGCUUUGGAAGGCGUGAGACAAAAUGGACUUGACUUAAAACCUCUUGGGUUCAGCCUUAGGCCUUCUUCAAAGGCUGAACACGAGGGUUUCAACUUCCAUCAUUCCAUGAAAAAAAAAAAAAAAGCCACUUUAAAAAUGCAGCUGAAGUGACCUUAAAAGACCAGAGAUUUUUAUUUUUUUAGAGAGAAAUCGGUUUACCGGUUUUAAAAACAAAACCCAGUGAAAUCUUAAUUCCUCUUGCGGUGAUGGGUAACAAUCCUGACUGUUCCAAUAAAAAUCACAAGUUCAAGUUUA